CUAUGUAAUAUGACAUUUGUGUUCCAACCUAUAAUAGUUGUGUAUCAUUUAUGUCCUAAUAAUUUCGUUGAGCGUCAUAGAUAACGGUUGACCAGACGAAAGUCAACUUUAACAUUGACUAGCCUCGUCUUCCACCGUCUCCUCUAGUACGAUCGGAGUCGAGCUCCUCGCAGAGCCACUGAUGUUCUUCCCGGAGCAAUAAAACCCCUCCCGUAAGGUCUUUGGAUUUUCUCAAGCCCCUUCCCCUGAAAAUCCCCCCAAAUCAAAACGAGCUCUUUCCUUCUCUCCCUCUCCUAAACCAAACAAGAACGUAAAAAAUUCCAAUCUCCUCCUCUCGUCACCGUCCUCGAAUUCAAUUUCCAUACCGGCGCACAGGAAGAAAUUCUCCUUCUCAUCCUUCAAAGACAUCCAAGCCAGACCAUGGCGGAGGCGGAAUCAGAAUCGACUCAUCCGCCUAAGUCGCCUUCCAUCUUCCACCGCAAUUGGAUUUCCAGCUUCGUCCUCCGCUACCGCUGCAAGUCUAACCCUCCCGCUCUCUCGCAACUGAAGGAGGCACAACAGAUCUUGGGGACCACCGGGAAGGUGACGCUCCCGGUUUUCCUGAUCGGCGGCGAUGGAGGAUUCAGGAGGAGAUAGAGAGAGAGUGCAGGCCAGUGGGAGAUCUGAGUGAGCGGCAACGAUGGAGGCGGAUCUACCUCUGGUGGCGACGAAGGAGGUGAGAGGUAGUGCAGUUCACCAGCUACUGGAUUUGGGAGUUUUCUCUCCUCUCCAACAUACAACCCUCUCUCUUGCUGCUGCUAGUCGACUAACGUUGUCGAUCUGAUUUCUGGCCAAGGAUUUGUUGACUCUGGUAUUGAUGUUGCGAUUUGGAUGCGUUGGAUUUUGGGGAACUUCUAAAAGUAGCAGAGUGGCUAUCGCCGAUCUGUAUUUCCCAUUUAUUUAGUUUGUUAUUUUUACUUUGUUUUUAAUAAAAAUUGAAUUAAAUA